GGGGAGGGUUAUGGCAGAAUUUGCAGCGCCAGACGGGAAGCUAAGUGAGCAUAAUAAAAGAAGAAGAAAAGGGACGCGGAGUGCAUAUGGGACUUAUUACAACAAGGAAACGGCAGAUUUGCGCCGCGAGGACCAACAGCCCACUUCACUGAUGAGGUUCAAAGCAGCCGUCGGAUAGGAGUGACCUGUCCGCAUGAAAGGUGUACAGCACGCCUGCAGAAGCACAGGCCCGCUCUCCCCUGUUCCCUGCAGGAUCUGGUCCUGUUCUCCACGAUUUCCGCUUUAGUUUGUCCCCAGGAUAAUUCAAAACUGUUUCUCCAACGCUUCUACCAAAAACUUAGACUGUUUUCCAAAGCAGAAUCGGCCCAGCCCUCCCAGGCGGAAGCGAUGGGGAGUGUGCGAAGCCACCGUUACAGCAUUGUGUCCUCCGAGGAAGAUGGCAUGAAGCUGGCUGCUAUUGCCGUCCCGAAUGGCUAUGGAAAUGGCAAUGUCAACAAGGUGCAUACAGAGCACCAACAUCAGAGCCGCUUUGUCAGGAAGGAUGGCCACUGCAAUGUGCAGUUUAUCAAUAUGAGUGAGAAGGGCCAGCGGUACCUGGCAGAUAUCUUCACCACCUGCGUGGACAUCCGCUGGCGCUGGAUGCUGCUCAUAUUCUGCCUUUCUUUCCUGCUGUCAUGGUUGUUUUUUGGCUUUGUGUUCUGGGUAGUGGCACUCUCUUACGGGGACUUAGAGAAUGAGACUCAGAUGUGUGUCUCCAAUGUGGACAGCUUCACCGCUGCUUUCUUGUUCUCAGUGGAGACACAAACCACUAUUGGUUAUGGUUAUCGCUAUGUGACAGAGGAGUGCCCUGUCGCUGUCUUCAUGGUCGUCUUCCAAAGCAUUGUGGGCUGCAUAAUUGAUGCUUUCAUCAUCGGUGCUGUCAUGGCCAAGAUGGCCAAGCCCAAAAAGAGGAAUGAGACCCUAGUGUUCAGCCAUUAUGCCACAGUGGCCAUGAGGGACGGUAAACUUUGUCUGAUGUGGCGCGUGGGAAACCUGAGGAAGAGUCACCUGGUGGAGGCCCACGUCAGGGCCCAGCUACUCAAGUCCCGCACCACUGCAGAGGGAGAGUUCAUCCCCCUGGAUCAGGUAGACAUUGAUGUAGGCUUUGACAGUGGCAUCGACAGAAUCUUCCUGGUGUCUCCAAUCACCAUUGUGCACGAGAUUGAUGAGGACAGCCCGUUCUAUGAGAUGAGCAAACAGGAUUUGGAGACAUCAGAGUUUGAGAUCGUUGUGAUUCUGGAGGGCAUGGUGGAAGCUACAGCCAUGACAACUCAGUGUCGGAGCUCCUAUGUGGCCAGCGAGAUCCUCUGGGGCUACCGCUUCGAGCCGGUGCUCUUUGAAGAAAAGAACUACUACAAAGUGGACUACUCUCGCUUUGACAACACCUACGAGGUGCCCAGCACACCCCACUGUAGUGCCAGGGAACUAGCAGAGAAAAAAUCCGACGCCUCCAGCUCGAGGAACUCCUUUUGCUACGAGAACGAGGUGGCUCUCGAAAAAGUCGAGAUGGAGGAGGAGUUCGACGAGGAGGAAAACAGGGAGAUAAGGGGUGCUGAGGUCUGUGCACUCGAGGACACAAACACAGACAUGGUGUCAGACUCUGAAUGCAAUCUGGACUCUUUGCCUUUAGAAUCAAGGCCUUUGACAGCAGAAUCAGAAAUAUGACUGCAGGGGUGAAGAAGGGUACCACAGCGAUCAAACUAGCUUGAAUUUGGUCCCGAUUGCUGUUGUUUAUUAUGCAUGACAGUUUGUAAAAGACUGUGAUUAGAGUAUGAAGUUCUCUAUGCAGAAGCUCACGCACAAGACACCAUGGGAAUCCAGACAUGUUAUACUGUUUUUGGUGAAAGUGGUGAUAAAUGAACUGGUUGCAUAGAGCCUGAGGGACAAAAUGGGCUAGACGCCUUCACUUCUACUUAGUGCAGUCUUCCCUCCUUAAUAUAUUUCAGCAGAAUAGCCAAUUGGGUUCAGAGAAAUUGCUAUGUUUACAAGAGAAAUACAGUUUCUAAUUAAUUUAUGUGCAGUUUGCACAUUUUGCAUUGAGCAUCCUGGUAAUAAUAGGUCUUAUUUUGAGGCCUAAUUGCACAUAAGAUGGUGACUGGCUUAAAUAAUUAAAUAUAGAUUCAAAAAAAAGAUUUGAACCUGAAACUUUGAGAUUUGCCAACCAAAAUUUGAAUAUAUUUUUACUAAUUACAAGGUCAAGAAUCUUGUUUUAAAGGCUCCUAAAAAACAGGCUAUUGUUUGUUAAUGAGCUGGUCUCUUAGCAAAGUAUAUUUACAGCCCUGUUCGGCGUGGUGGUCUUGGUGUUUAUCUCAUGGCGUGAUGCAGGAAAGAGAUGUCUCGCACAGAUUACGAGCACAAGUACACUACGCUCCUCAACCCAUUAUCUCGUCUAAGUAUAGCAUCUUUUGCAACGUGUGCCUUUACAAAAGUCUCAGUACUGGUGGAGGCACUCUGAGCACACACUGCAAUAGAUGUCACAGGAAGCAGAAGCACCAAGAGGUGAUUUACUGUGCAGUAUACUGACACUCCUUGCGGGUCUUCAUGUUCUGAUGUGCAAUACAGGUCAGUGGUGAAGCGUGACAGGAACCCUGAGCCGAGGUUACGAAUGUUGACAAUAAGUGCUGCUAAGUUACAUAUUGUACGUUUAGAGGGAAAUCUAGAAGCCAAAAUGUAUUAUUUGUCUUUUAAAGUAUCCAUUUUGAAGAUGCAGUCUAUAAUGUUAUUUCUAGAUGUAGACGAGCAUGAUCCUGUCAGUGUGUUUUCCAAAGCUUUAGUGCACUUUCUUUUCCUCACCAGAGAAUAUACCCCCCCCCCAGAACAGUAGUAACUGUUUAAUAACCCAAAGCCAAAUGUGUACA